GAGGGACUUUAGUUAUUUUGCUCAAUUAUUAUUAUUAUUUUUAAUUUAUUCGGAUCCCGGCGGGUUGCUUGUCGGAACUUGCCCACGCUUAAACCCGCCUGAAAACCCUAACACGACGGCGACCGCCAAAGUGGCCCUCUCUAUCUGUAUUGUUUGAUUGUUUCGUUUUUUCAUUUUAUUUUUUGGGAAACUUGUGGUUGGUGCGCCAUGUGUUUAUCUUGAAAGAUUGAUGAUAACUGGGACGAGGUGAAAAGCGAAAAGCGAAAAGCAUACCCACCACAAAUUCCACCAGGUUCUAGGUCAUACACAGAUCUUCAGCCAUUCUAUGAUCUUAUUUGAAUAAAAUCAUGGCAUCCAAAGGUCCCAGGUGUAAACUUGAUCACGAGACGAGAGCUAAGCGUCAAAAGGCACUUGAAGCUCCGAAAGAACCUCGUCGCCCAAAAACUCAUUGGGAUCACGUCUUAGAAGAGAUGGUUUGGUUGUCAAAGGACUUUGAGUCGGAGAGAAAAUGGAAAUUGACGCAAGCAAAGAGGGUUGCUUUAAGAGCGAGCAAGGGCAUGUUAGAUCAGGCUACUAGGGGAGAAAAGAAAAUGAAGGAAGAGGAGCAGCGGUUGAGAAAAGUUGCCCUUAAUAUUUCAAAGGACGUGAGGAAAUUCUGGAUUAAAAUAGAAAAGCUGGUGCUUUACAAGCAUCAGAUGGAGCUUGAUGAGAAAAAGAAAAAGGCACUUGAUAAGCAACUUGAGUUUCUUUUGGGGCAAACUGAGAGGUACUCAACAAUGUUAGCAGAAAAUCUUGUAGAUACUUAUAAACCAGUGCAACAAUGUACGACACAAGAUCAAGUGAUUAUUAACAAAGUGGAUGCAAAUGAUGCUAAUGAAUCUCCGGAAUUUGAUUUUGGAUCUCAAUCACAUACUGCAGGUAUGGAUGAAGAUUACGAUAUACAAUCCGAAGAUGAGUCGGAAGAUGAUGAGCACACAAUUGAGGAAGAUGAGGCCCUUAUAACCGAAGAAGAAAGAAAAGAAGAAUUGGCAGCUUUACACAACGAAAUGGAUCUUCCACUUGAGGAGCUACUCAAACAUUAUGCUUUGAGGAAAGUGAGCAGAGAAAGUAGUCCAGAAAAUGGUGAAGAUGGGGCUGAACCACUUAGCAGAGAAAAUACUCCAGAAAUGAAUGGGGAUGGUGGUAAACUAACAUUCAUGGGGGAAGACCAUGAAAAGGGCAAAGGAAAUGAUCUUUCUGUUGUCGAUGAUGUUGACACAAGCAACUCAAUCAUAGCCACUGGUCGUCGUUGUGCUGAAAGUAAUGGUGACUUAUCUGUUACAGAAUACUCUCUGUUGGAAAUUGAGAAACUUCAAGCUAGUGAUCUAUCAUUAGUUUCUAGGGAGUCUGCCAAAACUCAUGUGCUAUAUGAUUUUAGUGAUGAGCAGGAAGAUGGUGACUUUGUCCUUGCUGCUGGGGAAGAAAAGGAUGAUGAGACAACCUUGGCUGAGGAGGAGGAACUGGCAAAAGCUGAUUCAAGCUAUCCCAUGGAUGAGAUUGCAUUACUACAAAAAGAGAGUGAAAUACCUGUAGAAGAAUUGCUUGCUAGGUAUAAAAAGCAGGGCUUCGAUGACAACGCAGUUACGGACAACGAAUCUGACUAUGCAUCUGCUUUAUCAGACAAUCUCAUGGAUUCUCCGGCUCAUGAAGAUGUUGAACUUAAACAGCAUGCUAUUUCUAUGGAUGAAGAUGUUGAAAGUGGUGAUUGUCGGCCGCAUUCUCCUUCAAAAGAGCAGCAAGCGGGAGCCCUUGAAAAAAUAGAAGAGAGAGAUAGUGAGGAUAUAAUUGCUGAUGCAGCUGCAGCUGCAAGAUCAGCACAACCAACAGGGAAUACUUUUUCCACGACCAAAGUGCGCACCAAGUUCCCAUUUCUCCUGAAGCAUCCUCUUCGUGAGUAUCAACAUAUUGGCUUGGAUUGGCUUGUUACAAUGUAUGAGAAAAGACUGAAUGGGAUUCUAGCUGACGAAAUGGGGCUUGGAAAAACGAUUAUGACAAUCUCCUUGCUUGCACACGUUGCUUGUGAAAAGGGUAUAUGGGGCCCUCAUCUCAUUGUUGUCCCCACAAGUGUCAUGCUCAAUUGGGAGACUGAGUUUCUGAAAUGGUGUCCUGCUUUUAAAAUUUUAACUUAUUUUGGAAGUGCAAAAGAGCGAAAAUAUAAGAGGCAAGGCUGGUUGAAACCAAACUCAUUUCAUGUAUGCAUAACCACUUACAGACUGGUCAUUCAAGAUUCAAAAGUUUUCAAGCGGAAGAAAUGGAAAUACUUGAUCUUAGAUGAAGCACAUCUGAUUAAAAAUUGGAAGUCACAAAGAUGGCAAACUCUUUUGAACUUCAAUUCAAAACGGCGUAUUUUAUUAACUGGGACACCAUUGCAGAAUGAUCUCAUGGAACUCUGGUCUCUAAUGCAUUUUUUGAUGCCACACAUCUUUCAAUCUCAUCAGGAAUUCAAGGAUUGGUUCAGCAAUCCUAUAUCAGGAAUGGUUGAGGGACAAGAGAAAGUAAAUAAAGAAGUUGUUGACCGUCUUCAUAAUGUCCUCCGUCCUUUUAUACUCCGUCGGUUGAAACGAGAUGUGGAGAAGCAGCUGCCUAUGAAGCAUGAACAUGUCAUUUUCUGUAGACUGUCAAAGAGGCAGCGUAACUUGUAUGAAGAUUUUAUUGCUAGCUCAGAAACACAAGCUACUCUUGCCAAUGCCAACUUUUUUGGGAUGAUUAGUGUUAUUAUGCAACUUCGCAAAGUAUGCAAUCAUCCGGACUUAUUUGAGGGUCGUCCAAUUGUCAGUUCUUUUGAUAUGGGUGGUAUUGACUUCCAAUUGAGUUCUUCUAUUUGUUCAAUGCUUCCAGCAGGGCCAUUUUCUAAUGUGGACCUUACAGGUUUGGGAUUUUUAUUUACUCAUCUUGAUUUUAGCAUGACUUCUUGGGAGAGUGAUGAAGUGAAAGUCAUUGCUACCCCCUCAAGUUUAAUCAAGGAGCGCUCUGACUUGUAUAACAUAGAAGAAAUUGGGUCUGGAUUUAAACAUCGGAAAAAGUUACAUGGAACCAAUAUUUUUGAAGAGAUCUAUAAAGCAAUCAUGGAGGAGAGACUAAGAGAAGUGAAGGAACGGGCUGCUGCUAUUGCAUGGUGGAAUUCCUUGAGGUGCGAGAAGAAACCCAUUUACUCAACAACAUUAAGGAAAAUUGUAACAAUAGAGCAUCCUGUUUAUGAUAUUCAUCGUCUGAAGGCCAACCCUUUGUCCUACUUGUACUCCUCAAAGCUUGCGGACAUUGUCCUCUCACCAGUGGAACGCUUCCAGAGAAUGUUGGACCUUGUUGAAAGUUUCAUGUUUGCAAUACCAGCUGCACGAGCCCCGCCACCUGUGUUUUGGUGCAGUAAAUCUGGGACUUCUGUGUUUCUGCACCCAACUUAUAAGCAGAAAUGUUCUGAAAUGUUAUCACCACUUCUAUCACCUAUCAGACCUGCAAUCGUCCGGAGGCAAGUAUAUUUCCCAGACAGGCGACUUAUACAGUUUGACUGUGGUAAAUUGCAGGAGCUUGCAGUUUUGCUCAGAAAAUUAAAAUCAGAAGGUCAUCGAGCAUUAAUCUUCACCCAAAUGACGAAGAUGCUUGAUAUCUUGGAGGCUUUCAUUAAUUUGUAUGGUUACACUUACAUGCGUUUAGAUGGAUCCACUCAGCCAGAGGAGAGACAGACCCUAAUGCAACGCUUUAAUACAAAUCCAAAAAUAUUUAUUUUCAUCUUGUCAACUCGUAGUGGGGGUGUUGGUAUCAACCUAGUUGGGGCAGAUACAGUUAUCUUUUAUGAUAGCGACUGGAAUCCUGCAAUGGAUCAGCAGGCUCAGGAUCGAUGCCACCGGAUAGGACAGACACGUGAAGUUCAUAUUUAUCGAUUAAUCAGUGAGAGCACAAUUGAAGAGAAUAUUUUAAAGAAAGCAAAUCAAAAACGUGCGCUUGAUGAUCUAGUUAUUCAAAGUGGAAGCUACAACACUGAAUUCUUCAAAAAGCUUGAUCCUUUGGAACUGUUCUCUGGUCAUAGAUCACUUCCAGUCAAGAAUUUGCAUAAGGAAAAGAAUAACAACAAUGGAAAUGAGGUUUCUGUAUCUAAUGCUGAUGUUGAAGCUGCUUUGAAAUAUGCAGAGGAUGAAGCAGAUUACAUGGCAUUGAAGAAAGUUGAACAAGAGGAAGCUGUGGAUAACCAGGAGUUUACAGAAGAAGCCAUUGGGAGGUUGGAAGAUGAUGAUUUUGUAAAUGAAGAUGAUCUGAAGGUGGAUGAUCCUAUAGAUCAGGGUGGCUGGAUCACAACAUCAAAUAAAGAAACUGUGGUGAUGUUAAAUGGGAGUAAUCCAAGUGAAGACAGAGCUCCUGCUGUUGCUAGCAAAGAAGAAGAUGUUGACAUGCUGGCUGAUGUCAAACAAAUGGCUGCAGCAGCUGCAGCUGCUGGACAAGCAAUCUCCUCCUUUGAGAAUCAGCUACGCCCAAUAGAUCGAUAUGCAAUUCGUUUUCUGGAAAUCUGGGACCCCAUUAUAAACAAGGCUGCAGUGGAAUCUCAAGUUAGGUUUGAGGAGACAGAAUGGGAACUGGACCGUCUUGAGAGGUAUAAGGAAGAAAUGGAAGCUGAGAUUGAUGAAGAUGAGGAACCCCUCGUAUAUGAGAGAUGGGAUGCUGACUUUGCAACUGAGGCUUACCGACAGCAAGUUGAGGCCUUGGCUCAACACCAGCUAAUGGAAGAACUGGAAUGCGAAGCUAAGGAGAAGGAAGACGCAGAGGAUGAUAAUUGCGAUUCUAUGAAGAAUGGAAUGCCAAGUGAUCCUAAACCCAAGUCUAAAAAGAAGGCUAAGAAAGCCAAGUUCAAAUCUCUGAAGAAAAGAUCCUUAGCAUCUGAACUGAAGCCUGUUAAAGAAGAGCCAUCAGUGGAACCUAUGUCAAUAGAUGAUGAGAUUAUUAGUCAUGAGGUGGUCACCUCUUCAGAAAUUGUUUCACCAAUUUCAAGUGUGCUGAAAAAACGUAAGAAGGCUGAAUCUGCACUGGAUGUUGAAGAAGGAAGGUCUUUGAAAAAGAAGUUAAAGAAACUGAAGAAGCCUCCCACUGAACAAUGUCCUUUAGAUUUAGAUUCCAACCUGUCAGGUAUGCAGCAUGAUGAACCUGUAUAUUCAAGACCAUGCGAUAGUGUGGUUGAUAUUGAACAAAAAACAGCAAGCAGGAGCAGAAUGGGAGGUAAAGUAUCCAUUACUACCAUGCCAGUAAAGCGGGUUUUAAUGAUAAAACCGGAGAAGCUAAAGAAGGCAAAUAUUUGGUCGAGAGAGUGUGUUCCAUCUCCUGAUUUUUGGUUGCCGCAAGAGGACGCAAUAUUAUGUGCUGUGGUUCAUGAAUAUGGCCCUCAUUGGAGCUUGGUUAGUGAUACUCUUUAUGGGAUGACUUCUGGUGGGCAUUAUAGGGGAAGAUAUCGCCAUCCUGUUCAUUGCUGUGAGAGGUUUAGAGAACUCAUCCAGAGAUAUGUUUUGUCUGCACCUGACAAUCUUAAUACUGAAAAGGUUGGCAAUACAGGCUCGGGAAAGGCUCUUCUUAAAGUAACGGAGGAUAACAUUCGAAUGCUUUUAGACUUUGCUGCGGAGCAGCCAGAUAGAGAGUUACUCCUCCAAAAGCACUUCACCGCUCUUCUUUCUUCUGUCUGGAAGGUGACAUCACGUGUUGAUUGCAGACCAAGUCUCCCAUCAUCCCGAAAUGGUCUCUAUUUUGGUGGAAGGUUUCUUACUUCGGUCAGGCAGAUUUCUAAGAAUUCGCAAGAACCUUUAGAAAGAAUGAAAUUCACUAAUUUAGGCCAGAGUAGAAAUAUGUUAGCAGCUGCUCUCCAUGAUGCCUACUAUAGACAGCCGGAUGACAGAGUCUCCCUUCGCAACCGUGGGGAUGACACGUCAGGAGCUACUGAACAACUGGAGGUAACAAUAGAAUUCCAGAAGGAAAUGGGGGACUUUGCAGUUGAUUUUCCAUCUGUUAUAAGUUUGUCAAUAUCUGGGGAAGAUGCUCCACCAUCUGUAAGCGAGAUUACUGGGGAUGAUCAACAUCUUAAAGCUUUCCGAAAUAUGGCCGAGAACCGUUUCAGGGUUUCUGCGAAAGCUUGUGUUGAAGAUAGUCUGGGAUGGGCAUCAUCUGUAUUCCCGACAAAUGAUGUCAGGGCUAGAUCAGCUUCAAAGUUACCGCCACUGGGAAAGCACAAGUUGUCUCUCUCUGACUCAAUGAAGCAUUCUAAAUCAAAGUUCAAAAGAACUUCAAUGGACCAUUGUGAGAUGCCCCUCCUUGUUGCCAAGCCACCAUUGGAACCAUUGCCGGCAUGUGCAUUGAUUGAUCCUAAUAUGGGGUUUGACCCGUCUCAACCUUUCAUCCUCGCUGUUGGGAAUGACAAUGUGGGAAGUUAUUUACUUUCUGGCAGGGAUACGGAGCUCUCAAUGGAAAUGGAGAGUUUGGAAGCAGUCCCACAUCACUAUGUUCCUGGCUUAAUCUCUGGACUCGAUGAUUGUCCAUUAUUGCCUGAAUAUACUGACAUUGGUUAAUACUGAAAUUGAGGGUUGAAUCUCACUAUUUUUGGAGACCAGUGAUCUCUUAGGGAAGAAGUCCCUGUUGGCAAAUCACCAUACUUCAAAUCCGAGCAUUUGCUGUGCUCUCGGGGGAACGGGGCACACCGGAGGCAUCUCUCUCGCUGACUUGGUCGAGAUUUGGGAUGUGUGCCCGUUUACAGGCUGAGAAGUCAUCUUUUUGCAAGAUGGGUCUAAGCGGCAGUCCGGAGGAUCUUGGAUAAGGAAUACAUAAUGUGACAGUUUUGUUGCCUAGUUUUAAUUCAUGUUGAGGAACUUGUGCAGAUUGUAUUGGGGCUGCAAGCCUGCAAUUUAUUCGUCUGGGUGCUCAUUUUCCCCAGAAAAUAGACAAUUAAUGAGAAUGGAAAGGUAACACA